CGGCUGCAGAGGGUUAUGGACGCGGCCGCCAGGCCCGAGGCGCUCUAUGGGAGGCGCAAAGGCCAGAGCCUGGAGCCCACGCCAGCAAAUGGUUUGGAAGAAUAUAAUGCUCCAGAUAGUAUUUUUCUUCCAAAUGGAGUAGAUCUUCGCCAGGUUACUGUUCUGCCAAAGGCAGAAUGGGUAAGAAUUCGAGACAGUGUUGACAGUGCAGCUAGAGAAGCAGCACGGAUUCAUGCAGAGAGGAAAGAACGGAAAGAUAUGCACUUACGUUCCAAAGCAGUUGUGAAAAACUGGCCCAACACCAUUGCAGGCCAGGCACAGAGGAAACUUAAAGCCAGAAAAUUGCGAGAAGAAAAGGAGGAAGAAGAAAGAAAACUACUUGAUCUGGAGGAAGCACAGUUUCAAGCAGCAAAGCGGAAGGAGGCCAUAGAACAGGCCAAAACGUAUCAAUAUUAUCAGAAUGAGAGAGUGAAAGGGUUACAUAAAGCACUUUUACUUACUGAGGUCCUAAAGGAAAGAGAUGCUCAGAUUGAAUUUAAAAAGACAAAGCCUGAUAUUUACAAAAAAAAGGAAGAAGAAAUGGAACGUGAGCGUGAAAAAGCUAUUCUGAAAGAGCAGGAAAAGGCAUAUGAACGCUAUAUGAAUCGACAGGCACUUUGCAGAGACCACCUGGAACAAAUAAAGGAACAUAAGCACCAAGCAGAAUUAGACAAAUUAGAGGCAAAAAAAGAAGGCGAAGAGAUUCAAAGACUGACCAAGUUAUAUGAAUUGGAAGUGCAGAGAGAAAAUGAAAAGAAACUGGAGGAAAAACUUGAACAUAGGAGGAUGCAUUGUGCGCAUGUUGCUGACCAGGCUAUUCUUAAAGCUGUACAGGAACAAAAACAAGAAGAGGAGAAUGAUAAAAUUCGAGCUCACUUUAAAGCAAAACAAAAUAUGGCCAAACUGAGAAGAGAAAAAGAAGCUGAAAUGAACAGGUUAAUGCAGGAGCGUAGGGACAUUAUUACUAACCGUCUAGCUGCACAGAUGAAACAGACAUUUGAGAGGAUAGAUGAACGUGUUGCUAGAGAUGUUGCAGAGAGAGAAGCUGAAUGGGAAAAAGAGCUCAAAGAGAAAGAAGAAAAAACCAAAGCUGAAUUGAAAUCAAUUGCAGAAUACAGAGCCACUGUGAUAAAAAUGAAAGGUGAGAGAGAGAAAGAGGCAAUAUUAGAGGGUAAAGAAAAGCUUCGUGAACUAAUGGAAGCAGACCGCAUCUAUCUGGAAAUGGAGAAAGACAAGAAACGAAGAAAUCGCAAUGAAAACAUAAAAAUGCAAAAGACUCAAAUCCAGCAAAUGGCUGAAAAACGGGCAAAAGAACAGCAUGAGAAACAAGCAGAAUUGGACUAUGAGGCCCAGAAAGAAGUUAUUACUAUUUGCAAGGAGCAGGAAUUUCAAGAAUAUGCAAAUCAAGUAAUUGAUUCAGAAUCCAAGACAACCCGAAAUAUUUAUCCUCUUCUCAAAGCAGCAAAGGAAGGCCAUGGUGGCGGCCAGGGACCAGUUUACAGAGAAAGAGGAGGAAUAAGGCCUAGUUACCAAGCACGAGAUAUCAAUGGCACUCAGCUACCUUCUUAUAAUUGUAACACCACUGAAGAAAUAAAAGAGCUAAACACCAAUGGUAACAUCCAGCAAGCUAAGGGAAGACUAGGUUUUACAUGGUAA